CGGCCGACGCAUGCGCCGUGCGUAUGCCACGCCCCUCCCUCGUUGUCUCCUCCCCUUUUGGUCGGGAUCGAUGUGAGGCGUCAGCUGCAGCGGCGGCGACGAUGAUGAAGCAGAGAUCGCGAAGAGAAGGCGAAGGAGGAGGAGCAGCGGCAACCUGAGCCUCGGAGAGGGAGUGGGGCGAGGUCAGGGUGAGGGAUGGGACCAGCUGCAAAGCCGGCACCGAGCCCCCGACGUUAGUACCCCCGGAGCGGGCCGCACGGCGUCCGCAGCCCAAGCAGACAAAGAGCAGCGCGUAGGGCAAAGAGGAGACCUCCCCGGCAGAGUGGCGGAGGAGUCGCGCUUACUCCUCCCAGCGUCCGAGCGUCUGCCCUGCGGCUCCGGGCUCGCUGCACUCCCCUCCUGGUCGGCGGCGCAAGGAGUGGCCGGCCGGGCAGUUACCACUAAUCAGUGCCUGUCGUGGGGCUGCCACUGGGGCUCCUCGUACGGUUACCAUUUUCAGUAACUACUGUGGGCUGCUAGUUGGUGCCCACGUUUGCUAGUUAGUGCCUAUCCGCAGGGAUGUUUAUUUAUACUUAGAUUUACAGCUUAGUGCCUAUCGCGGGGGAUGCUUACUCACGCCCAGGAAGGUUGCUAGUUGGUUAUCUGGGGUGGGGAUGCUCGUUAGUACCCACAUGGUUUGUUAGUCAUUGCCCAGUAAGAUUGCAAGGAAGUGCCUCUUGUGGGGCUGGUGCUUGAGUGCCCAUUUGUGAGUCUGGCAGUAUCAGGUGGGGGUGCCAGUUGGUGCUAGGUCUACCCCGUUUCUAUUAUGUACACGUUUGUGCUCCGGGAUCGGAACAGCUCAAUCUACGCAGAAGUGGGCAAGGUGCUGAUCUCCACGGGACAAUGGCGGAGACUCAAGAGGGACAAUCCCAGGUUCAAUCUGAUGCUGGGGGAGAGAAACAAGCUGCCUUUCGGGACCCUGGGUCAUGAACCAGGACUCGCACAGCUUGUGAACUAUUAUCGGGGUGCUGACAAACUCUGCCGUAAGGCAUCGUUAGUCAAGCUCAUCAAGUCAAUUCCAGAAUUGAUGGAAUCGUGUACCUGGUUUCCCGAAUCCUACGUCAUCUAUCCCAUGGGGCUGCAAACCACAGCGAUUCCCAUGCAGAACGGAAUAAAAGCACAAAGAAAUAAUGUGAGGACAGAUGAUCGAGAAGCAUUCCUGGCAUCUUAUCACAAGAGACAAGCGAACGGAGAAAGGAAUGUGUGGAUAGCCAAAUCUUCCGCGGGUGCCAAAGGUGCCGGGAUUUUUAUUUCUUCUGAUGCCAAUGAAUUGUUGGACUAUAUAGAUAAUCAAGGUCAAGUUCAUGUGAUUCAAAAAUACCUCGAGAGACCAUUACUGUUAGAACCAGGACAUCGCAAAUUUGACAUAAGAAGCUGGGUACUUCUUGACCAUCAAUAUAACAUUUACCUCUACAAAGAAGGAGUAUUGCGAACUUCUUCUGAUCCAUACAAUAGCACUGAUUUUCAGGAUAAAACUAGUCACCUGACAAAUCAUUGUAUUCAGAAAGAAUUCUCCAAGAAUUAUGGAAAAUAUGAAGAAGGCAAUGAAAUGUUCUUUGAAGAAUUCAAUCAGUACUUAAUGAACACUCACAAUGUUAACUUGGAAAACAGUAUUUUACCACAAAUCAAGCAAAUCAUAAGGAGCUGCCUAAUGUGCAUAGAACCUGCAAUUGGCACUAAGCAUCUCCCAUACCACAGCUUUCAACUGUUUGGAUUUGACUUUAUGGUUGAUGAAGAUCUCAAGGUCUGGCUGAUUGAAGUGAAUGGGGCUCCAGCCUGUGCCCAGAAGCUCUAUGCUGAACUUUGUCAAGGAAUAGUGGAUGUAGCCAUUUCCUGUGUCUUUCCAUUGAGUGAUUCGCCACAGAAGCCAAGCCAACAGUCUGUCUUCAUCAAAUUAGGAAGUUAACAGAAUCUGUCGUAAUCUUCUCUUUUCAUUUUACAGUCCAAUGAUAUAUGUAAUGGUAUCAGCUGAGCAUUGUAAAUCAUGUAGAGAGAUUCUACCCAUAAGCAACAAUGGUCUGGUGCAGCCAUGAUGGAACAGCAAUUAGCAAAUUAUGGAAUUUUUAGCUAAGGUCGAUCACUUGUAUAAACCAACUUCUUUUUAUGUGCACAGCUUUGAGACUCUUGUUGGAAAAAUUACAAUCAAGCCUGAUAAUGGGAGUUGCUGUACCUGGUACAUGUUGCUUUAAAUGCUGUGGAAAUAUUACAAACAUUUGCUCUGUUUAUUAUAGGCGAUUACCAGGCAUUGCACAGUAGUUAUCUCGACAUAAUCUGCUUAUGGAUUAUAUGAUUAGGAUUACUGUUAUGGACCUUGAGAGGUUUUAUUGAAGUACUCCAGCUUGAAUGCUGCGAAUUUGGCAAGUAAAGUGUAGGCAUCUUGCAUAAUGUUCCGUGUUCUUCCAAGAUCAUUCAUAACGUGAUACAUAGAGAUGGAUAUCACUGUGACCACGUAUGGCCUAAACCAACUCCUCGAUGCACAUCUCAUGAUGUGUAUAGUAUUGUUUCAGCAGAUGUAAAUGCUAAGAGCCUUGGAACCCAUGGAGGAUGCUGUGCACUGCUGUCAUUCAAAUUAUCUACACUGUGGUGUUUUUGGAAAUGCAGCUGAUAUCGAAAGCAAGGAGUUCUGCUUGCAUUGUUUUUAUUAUAUUGCAAAUACUUGAUCCUCUGAGAGGAGUUGGGAUAGGGUAGGAGUGGAAUUUUAAGCAAAUUUUAUGGAGGAAGGAAAAUCCUUUCCUUUUCUGCUUUUUGUCUUUGUUCCCAAGUUAUUGGUGUCACUGUUUGCAUUCAGAACUCUGCAGAAUGAAAUGCACUACCACAAACUCCAAUUCAUUGUACUUGCACACUAUAAAACCAUUUACAAAGCUGAUAAAGCUUAAUAUAAUAUAAAUUGGUAGCAUGCACUAAAUGCAUUUGUCCUGAUUUGCAGAUUAUGUAUGUUUUUAGCAGGAAUGGCCCUCUGAAAGUAAUUGAUCUUUUUAGUGAGAUUUUUAUGAACUAUUAUUUUUUCUAUGUAUGGUUUUCUAUUUUGUUUUCUUGCCAAAUUGAACAUCUGUGUUCAGAUCAUCACUAUAAUUUUAAUAUGUCAUGCCAAAUGCUUGAGUAUGUUUAUAGGUCAAUAAUUAUGUUCCUUCAGUAUUUAUGGUUCCACUUCCUAUCUGAGAGUAAAAUUCUGUUCAGUUUUGAAGAUGGAGGCAUAUUCCUGUCUAAAGUCUUAACCAUCAGGAGGGAAGCACUGAAUGAGUUGAUUAUCACUCCAUUGUUAUUAAGGAGUGCAGUUCGAAUUGAGUUUAUCCCUGGAAUAUUCCCUUGAAUUUCUCUACAGAGUAUAUUAAAGGGAGUUAUCCUGUGUUGCAUACUGUGGACAGGUAAUUGUAAUGACAUGUUGCUAUUAGUGCAUGUUUCUUGGUAUCUAACUUCAAAACACAAUCAUGAGGAAUAAACAGAAUAGCCAACCA